AUGACUGACGUUCCUCUUCCUGAAUGUCUUCCAAAGCCAGAAGAACCGAAAGCUGCAGAACCACAACAGUCUCCUCAGCAACCUCAGUUCCAGCAAGUACCCCCGAAUUACUACCAAUUUCCACCUCAAGGUUACUACCCACCACAAGGCUUCCCGAACUACCCUCCUCAGCCUAUGCCUUACUUCCCCAACCCUUGGUUGUUCCAGCAAGCUCCACCCCAGCAAUUCCAAUUCCAAUCUCAAUCGAAGAGAGACCAAGACUUCGAAGAAGGUCUGAACCGAUUACGCAAAGAGUAUGCUACAGCUCCAAUUGAGAGAAAGUUGUUCCCGGACCAAAAAAUAAUGUUUAGGGUAGAUGGUUAG